GAGUUUCUCCUGUUUGCUGAUGCUUCAUACGGAAAGAUUAUGAAAGUUUCUCCUCAUGCUCCUGGAUCACUCACCGCUUUACCCUUGUCAAACAGUAUCAAACGCCCAAUGGCCAUUGGCUACGACGUUUUAGAGGAUAGAGUAUACUGGACGGAUGUGACAAGGAAGACCAUUUCUCGUUCAUUCAUGAAUGGCUCUAUGUUUGAGGUACUGUUUCGCCAAAACGUCCAGAUACCAGAUGGAUUGGCUGUGGACAUUGUAGGAAGGAAUCUCUACUGGACCGAUAGGGGAACUGACAAGCUGGAAGUAUCUAAACUAGACGGUUCCUAUCGUAGAGCUCUCAUAACAAGUGGCCUAGGCGAACCAAGGGAUAUUAUACUGGAUGUUAGUAAGGGGUCAGUAGUUUAA